GCACUACUUCGCUUCUCCCGAAGUAACACGCAAUCAACGCUUUUCAUUUGGUGCAUAAAUGGGUUAAAAGUGAGUCCUUUCAAUUCGAAAGUGUUCAAUGACAGUAAAAUUUUAAAACACCGACGUUUUAGAGGAAUUUAUUGAGCCUUAUAACUGCGAGAACCGAGAAGUUUGCCCGGCAGAUUCAAGGUGAUAUUUUUACUAGUGCAUGCAGGAUAUAUUGGUGGAAAAUUACAGUCGAAAAAUGUUACGAAAAACAGCCACAAAAUGACAAGUACAUUGAAAACUGUUUCACAUAAAAGGUCAAAAUUAACCACAUUAACAGAGAACCAUAAACGAUGGUGCGUCUUUGGAAUUGCUCUCAACCAUGUCGUCGUCCCUGCAAUACGUCCUGUUCUAGAGCAGGAAAUUCUCAAGGAGUACAACGACCUUAAAUUGAACCACAAUAUUCAUGUUCAGACCAGACACAGCUUUCCCUCGCCGAAAUAUCCAACUGGUAAUGCCAUGAAAUACGAGAACAUCAACGGGAAUGAUACCAAGUUAAAAGCCCCGCAUCAUAAAAAGUUUGAUUACUCCAAGUUUGACUACAAAGUUACUUCCCAUAUCGACUUUGCCAAGCUCUUUCUGCAGAAUUACAUGGCUAAGCUCAGCGCGUUCGACAAAACUUGUGAUGCAUCCGCUGUGCUUACUCUACUUGGAAGAAUUCCAGUGUUUUCUGCUGCUCUCCAAAAUGCGGCAAAUGUUGUUAGAGAAGGUAGAAACGCCUGGGCUCAUUGUGAUGUCACUAAGUGGAAUGAAUCCAACUUCAAGAAGAGUUUUGACGACAUGGAAAAGCUGCUAAGUGAAGUUGGUUUAUCUCCUGCAGAUGAAUCGAGGGUUUUAGCGGAUCUUAAUGACUGGAAAGACAAAGUUAUGUGUUUUUUAUGUAAUUUUUUACUUGUUGCAUAUAUUCUAUUCCGUAUUGCAUGAUAAAAGAAGCAAAGUUUUAAAUAGGAAUAUUGGCCUCAGAAUGGUUUCUAAAUUAUAGUUUUUCUUGUU